UCACCUGUCUCAGAGAUGGCCGGGGCACCCUCACUACAAGCCAAGAGUGUAGGAACGGCAGCUCUCACUGAGCCUUCGUUUCCUCACAUGCUCCUCGCUCGGGUUUCUCCCGGAAGCUCCAAAAUACAGAAGGAGGCAGCCCUGCGAGAGCGGCAGGAGGCUGCAGCCGAGAGAAGGGGAGGGGCGGGGAAAGGAAGGGGAAGAGCGGGGCGGGGCCACGCGGCGGAGGGGCGUGGCUGGCUGGGGCGCAGGCCAGGGCGGAGGCUUACGCGGCGACCCCGCGGCUCGGUCAGCUCUCCUUUGCUCCUGCACCGCGGCCCCGGGGACCAGGUGGUUUCCUUUAUGAAGUCUCCAGUGGGUCAGUACCUGGACCAGCAUCCUUUCCUGACCCUCACCUUGGUGGUAUUUGUUGCUGUGUCAGCCAUUCCUGUCGGCUUCUUCCUGCUCCUCGUGGUGCUUACCUCCCUGGCUGCUUUUGUGGGAGUCAUAUUACUGGAAGGACUGUUCAUCUCUGUGGGCGGCCUCGCACUGCUCUGUGUCCUCUGUGGCUUGGGCUUUGUGUCACUUGUCAUGUCAGGGACAAUCAUGGUGUCCUACAUGGUAAUCUCCAGCCUCAUCAACUACUGGUUUUCUCUCAGGCUGUUGCCGCAGCACAACUCCAGUGGUGACUGUCCGCUGGCCGUGAAGUCUGCACACGUAGAGGGGCUCUACCAGGAAUGACCAGCUGAAUGGAACCAAAGGUUUUAUUCAAACACCUCUGGAACACUGUUGGAUCAUCUUUGCCGCUUAGGAUUAUGACUUAGAAGGGACUGGGUAAACACUUCCUGGAGGUGUCCUCUAGCUUUUCACUUAUUUGUUGGGUCCUACAGUAGACAGUUUUGGAGAUCUUGUUGCUCUGGGUCACUUCCACCAGCUGACCCACCCUCACAAGGAGAAUCCCAUUGGCUUGGUGGCUCUUCGAGCCUCUCAUCUCCUCCCCAGAGAUGCAGACCUGACCUUGGCAAGGUCCUGAGCCUAUACAGGCCAAUGACCUGAUUCCCAAAGGCUCAGAUCUUGUAUCUGAAGUCCAGUUUGGGUAAGCAUAGAUUGUUUUUACUUUUUCUUUCUUUUUAAUGAGAGCUGCUUAUUUCUUCACCCAUUUGAAAAAAAAGGUAGGGGGAAAAAUCCAAAACAGAACAAGCUCUUCUGUCUUAUGAGCCUCUUAUCAGAAAGAUAAAUAGCAUUUGGAAAUAAUGGCCUCUCAGACAAAGUUAGAAAAUAGAGUCCAAUCUUAUCCUUUUGGCCAAGAGCUUUUUUCCUAAGGCUAAAGGUAUCGUUUCCACCAUUGAAUACUGUUCAGUGAUGUUACUCUUUAAAAUAUUUGCACUUGACACUUUUGUAUUGUAUUAAGGAAGUUGUCUUGUUAAGCCAUUUCUUCAAAAAGUCCUAUGCAAAUGAUAAACAACUACAAAAAUUUUUUAAAUCCUAUGGGGUUUCUACUUCAGUAGUUUAUUUGCUAUGGUAUUUUAUUAAAUAAAUAUUUAUUUAGAUGA